AUGGCUUCCUCGUCGAGCAACGUCGUUGGCGUGCAUUACCGUGUUGGAAAGAAGAUUGGAGAGGGAUCCUUUGGUGUCAUUUUCGAAGGCACCAAUCUCCUGAAUAACCAGCAGGUAGCCAUCAAAUUUGAACCGCGUAAAAGUGAUGCUCCUCAAUUGCGAGAUGAGUAUCGCACGUACAAGAUUCUCGUAGGAUGCCCUGGUAUCCCUAAUGUCUACUACUUCGGACAGGAGGGUCUCCACAACAUCCUAGUUAUCGACCUGCUCGGUCCCUCCCUUGAAGAUCUCUUCGACCACUGUGGUAGAAGGUUCACGAUAAAGACCGUCGUCAUGGUUGCCAAGCAGAUGUUGUCAAGGGUGCAAACCAUCCACGAGAAGAACCUUAUCUACCGCGACAUCAAGCCCGAUAACUUCCUGAUUGGCAGGCCAGGCACCAAGGCUGCUAACGUCAUUCACGUUGUGGAUUUCGGCAUGGCGAAGCAAUACCGCGACCCCAAGACGAAGCAACACAUCCCCUACCGCGAGCGAAAAUCACUGUCCGGUACUGCCAGAUACAUGAGUAUCAACACCCACUUAGGCCGUGAACAGUCCCGACGCGACGAUCUCGAGGCCCUCGGUCACGUUUUCAUGUACUUUCUGCGGGGUGGCCUUCCUUGGCAAGGUCUGAAGGCUGCAACUAAUAAGCAGAAGUACGAGAAGAUUGGAGAGAAGAAGCAGACAACCCCUAUCAAGGACCUCUGCGAAGGCUUUCCCGAGGAGUUCAACAAGUACCUGACGUACGUCCGUAACCUUGGUUUUGAAGACACUCCCGACUACGACUACCUCCGCGAGCUCUUCACUCAGGCCCUGAAGAAUACUGGUGAGGUUGAAGACGGCGAGUACGACUGGAUGAAGAUUUCCAAGGACUCGGGCAAGGGAUGGGAUGCGAUGAAAGGCCACAACCCCGGAUACCUGCACAACCCAAAUGCUCGACCCGGCCCGUCUCAGAUGGAACUGCACAGCGGCCAUCGGGGCGGUGCUGCAACCCCUCACAACCAGGCACAGAAUCUUACUGUCAGCCGUUUAAACGCCGCGCAACCCCCGCCUCCUUCUCCGAUCAAGCAGAUGGCGAAGUCGAGAGGUCAGCCAAACGCCCCAGGCGCAUUGAACGCGCAACGGGGCAGCGGAGCCGGGGGUCUUCGGGACAUGGCCACCCCCACCGGCUCAACUCAGGCCCAGUUUCAGAACAGCAACCGCAACCUUCCUCAGAACGUCCCUCAGCAGGCCCCGAUGAACCAACAGCAGGCCCAGUCUAAUGGACGUCCUGCUGAGCCGCAGCCGACGGGCUUCCAGAAGUUCAUGAAGGUGCUGUGCUGCGGUUAG